AUGGAGCACAGUUUGCUAUUACUAUUACUGUACGAGGUAUUCGAGCAGGGAGCACAAGAGGUACGGAGGCUUAUAUACCUGCCCCCAAUCACCUUUGCCGUGGCUGAUGUACUCGGUGGUUUAGAUGGCCGAUUGGACUCGAAACAUACCAAAUCUAUCAACGCUGGCUCGCUGACUAACCCUGCCUUGUGGAUCGUCGUGUUUCUUUUUCCUGGCUCUGAAAUCCUCAACACUCCUUCUUUAUCUUUUCGAAUAAAUGUGGAAGGCGAUGCAUUGAUAGAAUUCUAUUCAAAUCGCGGAGGGCACAUCUUCCCAAUCCGGCAUGCUCAAUGUGUACAAUCAAACACUUCAUAA